GCAUGCGCACUAUUGGGACCCGAUCUGACUUGAAACGGUCGCGUUGGACGUCGCAUUGCGAAUAGAGUCGUCGGUCGGACACGGAAGGACGGGUUCGGCAUUUGGGUGAGGUUAUUGGAAGGAUAUGAUUUGAAGUUAAGGAAACUAAAACAUCACAUCAAGAUUUAAUAGUCAUUUGAUUCAUCAGGACCUGAUGAUUAUCAGAUUUGAAAUGUGGAAGGAGAAAUAUUUCUCCGUGUCCAUGGGAGAACAUUUUAAUCAGUGAGACUGGAAAAGCAUUGAGACACACGCACAGAAACACAGUCUCACGGGAGAGCGUUCCAGUGUAUUCACUGUGCAAAGAACCCGAAAGCCUGAAAAAUAUCGUCUUUCCAGUGGGGAAAGGAAUCAUUCGUGUGUUCUGCACGUGGACAGGGGAGAGACAAAGACACCAGCGCCAUGGAGAAACCGUGGAAAUGUGAGGACUGUGGGAAAAGAUUCACUUGUUCGUCCCGGCUGGAUAUACACCGGCGCAUUCACACCGGGGAGAGGCCAUUCACCUGCUCAGAGUGCGGGAGGAGGUUCACUCAGUCGUCGGGCCUUUCUCUGCACCAGCGGGUUCACACCGAGGAGAAGCCGUUCAGCUGCACAACCUGCGGGCAGGGGUUCAAGUCUGCCUCCCUGCUCGCCGAGCACCAGCGGAUUCACACGGGGCAGAAGCCGUUCGCCUGCUUUGUGUGCGGGGAGAGAUUCGAUCAGAUAGACGCCCUCCAGUCCCACCACUACUUUCACACCAAGGAGGAUCCGUUCAUCUGCGCGUCCUGCGGGAAGACCUUCAGGCGGACAGCGGACCUCAAAGAGCACCGACGCACUCACAGGGGAGAGCAGCCGUUCACCUGCUCCGUGUGUGGCAAGGGGUUCCCGUGGUCGUCCCAGCUGCUAACACACCAGCGAGUGCACAGUGCGGAUCGGCCGUUCAGCUGCUCCGUCUGUGGAAUGGAGUUCACUCAAUCGCAACACCUCCUGAGACACCAGCGAAUCCAUAGAACUUGAGGAUAAACCGUCUCAAUAUAGGAAGAAACAACUACGAUGGCAUCUUGCUCAUCGUGAUGGGGUCACGUUUAAAAUACUCUAUCUACUUGUAGACUGAUGUGGUUCUGCGCCAGCAGAUCAUCAGAGGAACAUGAUCAUCUUCAUGAGUGGAAGUGAACCUUUGAAGCUGCUUUACACUUGUGAAGGCACGGAAAUUUUUGCAUCUCUGGAGGCUUCUGCUUUUCGGGUUGAAAACCUGGCUCCAACCUGCCAACUUACUGGUCCAACAACGUCAAAGCUACAGCUUAACAAUGAAGACUAAUUAUUUUACUCUCGACAAUUGCUUGAAAAAAGACACAUUUUGUUGAAGCUUUUAUCUUUGUCUUGCACUCAUCAGAGCAAUGAGCUUUUUUUUCAAAUCCUCAAGUUCUGAACAACUAUAUUUUUUAGUCUCCUGUCUGUCUUCAGCUUUAUUAUAGUCAUUCGCAAAGUUGCCUGAAGAAAGAACAGAAAAAAAGUGACGUUUUUGGACAACGCUGAAUAUUUUAAAACAAACACACACUGUCGGUAAAAUGAAAAAUGGUUUUUGACUUCAAUUUGAAAAGAUAGUCAAAGCAUCCGUGCACGUUUUUUGAGAACGCUUGGUCCGGUCUUUGGAAAUCAAGCAGAAAGGUUUAACCCUUUUUCACUGACCGGGUGGUGGUAAUUUAAAGUGAGGAUUUUUUUCUUUUACAGAGUUGUAAAGAGAGAUUGGAAGAUCGUGUUCACAGCUGCCGCAUGUUCUGUGUGAUGAAUUCCAACUGUCUCAGGGCAGCGGUCCCUCAAUGGAGGGUCAGCCUGGAGAAGGAGCUCAUGUUUAUUCAUGUUUUCUGUUACCACGGAGCUGGCUCAUUAGGAACCAAUGGGCCCUAUGAUGUCCCACUGAGCUGGUGCUAUGACCUGGACUAGGCAAUAACAGCAAGGCAUUUGUGGUGAAAGUGGUUUUGUUCGCGACGCACUGAGGCCACUUACUUUUAAAUCUCCAAAAUGCCAUUCACGGAAACGAAAGUGAAGGCAGCACACAGACAUCGAAAUUCUGCUGUAAAUUGUGAAGACGAGCGACGAUGCAACUUUUGUCAGUUUGAUUUCAGCGGAGCGUUGGAUCACUGGGUCGAAACAGCAUCAUUAUCUUUCUCUUUGUAAACUCUCUCCAUCAAAUUUGUGCGGUUUUAGUAUCUUCUGUAAUUAUGACAGGAAAUGUAGAGGCUAAUGUUGUCCUGUAUUUUGCACGAUCUCUCAUUGGGGUUGAUCACCGAGUGGUAAUGGCAGUCGUUAUUAAUGUGUCAUUGUUCGCCUUGUCGCAGAUGUUCAUUGUGUAGAUUUUUUAAAAAAAGUUCAGAGAAAGGAAGCGAACUGGAUGGUCAGUCUCUCUCUCGAGCCCCGGACUGCUUUCUCGUAAUUUCUCGAGCAUCAUGAGCCUACAGGUACCAAAAUUUUAACCAACCAGACAAAUACUGGGGGUUAGUGUUGGCCACCCAAUUGGACAGGAAGUUCCAUGUGUGUGUACGUGUAUGGUGGUGCGUGUUUUAUGGAAAGGGUGUGUAGGUGUGUCUUUGUGUAUUUCUGUAACACCUGAUGUUCAGCCUCUGGGAAUCCCGUUAAGUGCUUUGAAUGGUACCAGUUGGAGCUCCUACAGCAGGAUUACUGUGUGCUGUGUAAUACUGACAUUUCCUGUCUGCCCAGUCAUUCCAUUCAGUCAGCACUUGAAUUGUCUGUCUGUUGUUUCACCACAUUCCCACAUUUCAGUGACAUGAUUUCUCAUGUCACUGAAAACCUGAUUCUGUUUAUUUGAACACGUGGCCAAGAAGAUAGAUGAAGGCAGAGCAGUUAUCUGCAUGGACUUUUGACAAGGUUCCGCGUGGUAGACUGGUUAGUAAGGUUGGAUAACGUGGGAUCCAGGGAGAGCUAGGCAGUUGGAUACAAAAUUGGCAGGACAGUAGGAGACAGAGAAUUAUUCUCAUUCGGAGUGGCAUUUUUGUUGAGGCUAAUGUUACAGCUGUACUCAGGAAGGAUAUUCCUGGGAGUACGUCCAAGGAGGUUGUUUGGGUGGAACUUAGAAAUACAAAAGGGUUGAUCACCUUAUUGGGAUUGUACUAUAAGCCCACCAUUAGUUGGUGGGAAAUUAAGAAGCAAAUUUGAAAGGCGAUCUCGCUUAUCUGUAAGAAUAAUAGAGUAAUAAUGGUAUGGAAUUUUAACUUUCCAAAUAUGGACUGGAACUGCCAUAAUGUUAAGGGCUUGGAUGGAGAGGAAUUUGUGUGUACAAGAAAAUUUUCUUAUUCGGUAUGUGGAUGUACCUAACAGAAGGAGCAAAACCUGACCUCUUGGGAGAUAAGGCAGGGAAAGUGACUGAGGUGUCAGUGGGGGUACACUUUGGAACCAGUGAUCAUCAUUCUACGAGUUUUAAAAUAGUUAUGGAAUACGAUAGACCUAAAGUAAGGUUAAUAUUCUAAAUUGGAGUGAGGCCAAUUUUGCCCGUAUUAGGCAAGGAUUUUCAAAAGCUGAUUGGGGUGGAUAAAGGGAUGGCUGGAAAUUGGGAGGCCUUCAAAAACGAGAACGAGAGUCCAGAGGCAAUAUAUUCCUGUUAGUGUGAAGGGCAAGGCUGGUAGGUGUAGGGAAUACUGGAUGACUAGAAAAAUUGAGGCUAUGGUCAACAAAAAGGAGGUAGUUAUAGACAGCUGGGAUCAAGUGAAUCUCUCAAAGCCAGUAGGAUUAUACUGAAGAGGGAAAUUGGGAGGGCAAAACAAGGGACAUGAGAUAGCUUUGGCAAAUAGGGUUAAAGAGAAUCCAAGGGAUUCUACAAAUACAUUAAGGACAAAAGAGUAACUAGGGAGAGAUUAGGGCCCCUUAGUCAGCCUUGUUGAUUUUUAUGUGUGGAACCGCAGGAGAUGGGGGAGGUACUAAACGAGUAUUUUGCAUCAGUGUUUACUGUGGAGAAGGAUAUGGAAGUUAGAGAACUUGGAGAGAAAUAAAUAGUGAUAUCUUAGUGUCCAUGCUGCAGAGGAGUAGGUGCUGGACAUCUGAAAACACAAAUAGAGGGAUAAAUCCCUGGGACCUGAUCAGGUGUGUCCUAGAACUCUGUGGGAAGUGAGGGAAAUGAUUGGGCCCCUUGCUGAGAUGUUUGUAUCAUUGAUAGCCAUGAGUGAAGUGCUGGAAGGUUGGAGGGUGGCUAAUGUGGUGCCAUUAUUUAAGAAAGGUGGUAAGGAAAAGCCAGGGGACUUCCAGACCUGUGAGCCUGAAGUCAGUGGUUGGUACAUUGUUGGAGGGGAUUCUGCAGGACAGGAUCUACAUGUAUUCGGAAAGGCAAGGACUGAUUAGGGAUAGUCAAAGUAGUUUUGUGCGUGGGAAAUUGUGUCUAACUAAUUUGUCUUUUGAAGAAGUGAUAAAGAAAGUUGAAGGCAGAGUGGUGGAUGUUGUCUAUAGGGACUUCAGCAAAGCGUUCAACGAGGUUCUGUCUGGUAGACUGGUUAGUAAGGUUUGAUCACAUGGAAUCCAGGGACAACUAGCCAUUUGGAAUAAAAAUUGGCUUGAAGAUAGGAGACAGAGGGAGAUGGCAGAGUGUUGUUUUUUGGACUAGAGGCCUUUGACCAGUGGUGUGCCACAAGGAUCGGUGUUGGGUCCAUUGCUUUUUGUCUUUAAUAUAAAUGACUUGAAUGUGAAUCUAGGAGGAAUGGUUAGUAAGUUUGCAGAUGACACCAAAAUUAGUGCAGUGGACAGUGAACGAGGUUAUCUCAGAAUACAAUGGGAUCUUCAUCAGAUGGGCUGAGGAGUGGUAGAUGGAGGUUAAUUUGGAUAAAUGUGAGGUGUUAUGUUCUGGAAAGGCAAAUCAGGGCAGGACUUAUACUCUUAAUCGUAGUGUCCUGGGGAUGUUGCUGAACAAAGAGACCUUGGGGUGCAGGUUCACAGUUACUUUUGAAGGUGGAGUCACAGGUAGACAGGGUAUUGAAGAAGGCUUUUGGUACACUUGGCUUUUGGUCAGUGCAUUAAGUAGGAGUUGGGAGCUCAUGCUGCAGUUGUACAGGACAUUGGUGAGGCCACGUUUCAGAAUACUGCGUUCAAUACUGGCCUUCUUGCUAUAGGAAAGAUGUUAAACUUGAAAGGGCGCAGAAAAGAUUUACAAGGAUAUUGCUGAGGUCGGUAUUGUGUUUAAUAUUCUGAACGUGCCAGAGUGUUUCCACUUGUUGUUGUCUCUAACAGUAAAGGCCACAAACGCAUGAUGGAGACUUGGAUGCCCAACGGGGAACUAGCAGAUAUUUCUUUCAACAGAUGUAAGGUAGAAUGUGAAAGUCACAACUGGGGGAUGUGAUUGUAGUUGUCUCAAAGUUACCUCAGCAGGUAACUAACUGAGAACAUGAGAGAGAAUGGGAUGGAAAGAUAAGAUGAAAGAAGAGAAUAGGAGGAGACUCUUUUUAUUCACGCGACUGCCAGCUUCAUAUGGAUCAAUGUGGUGGAGGACAUGAACGUGGCCAUUGUCGGCCCAGCAAGCAAGAAGACAGAAAAUUUGCAGAAUUGUGGCUUGGUGGUUAGCACUGCUGCCUCUCAGCGCCAGGGACCAGUGCUCGAUUCUGGCCUCGGGCAACUGUCUGUGUGAAGUUUGCACAUUCUUCCCCCCCCCCUGUCUGUGUGGCUUUCCUCCCACAGUCCAAAGAUGUGUAGGUUAGAAUGGAUUGGCCACGCUAAAUUGCCCCAUAGUGUCCAGGGAUGUGCAGACUACGUGGGUUACAAGGAUAGCAUCGGGUGGGUUGCUGUUCAGUGGGUCAGUGUGAACUCGAUGGGCUGAAUGGCUUGCAUCCACGAUUCUAUGAAUUUCAAUCCGAGAUUGACAGAGAUAGAGUUUAUAAGCACCUUCCACAGCAAACUCAAACCACGCGAAACUACAUUUGUUGUUCCUAAAAUUCUGAACGUGUUAAAUAGUUUUAUGUGGACAGUAAAAUGUUUCCAUUUGUUGGCAUAUUCAGUACUGGGGCAUAAGUACACAAUGCAGUUAGAAAUAUUCAAAGAAAAUUGACCACAUUGUUUGUUUAACACAUAACUGAUUUAUUUGACAUCAUUUAAGAAUGUCAAGCCCUGUAGCUGGCCUGCAGUUCAACUUCAGCAGAAACAGACAUCAGUGGACUUGGUUGAGUCCUGGGUGUGAUUAACAUCAGAAACGAGAGGUGGAGGUGGUUUUGUGGUAAUGUGUCAUCAGAAUCCAAGAUGUGGCAGGUGGGGAAAUUUGAAUUUACUAAACUUCUGGAAUUUUAUGUUUUAAGAAAAGGUAGCCUAACAGUGCUCAUGAAAGCACUGUCAUUUGUAAUUCUUGCAAAUGUUGUUUUAAUCACCGGCAAAAAUUGUGUACCUCAAAUACUGUGAAGUUCAUUGUAUUAUUCUGUCCAGUUACUAUGGCUUUUUCUUUUAUUUACCUCGAUUGUAAAUAUACCUGUUCAAUUGAAUGGCCACAUGAAAUGUCAACAGUUGAUUCAAAUUCAAGUCACUUUCUCAUCAAAUAACAUAACGUCCAAUUCAUCUGUUGAGGGUGCAAGUGAUGACGCUGUCUGCCGGUAAGUUUUAUUUUAAGGCAAAGUUGCAUUAUCAUUUAAGUGAUUUAAUGCCGUAAAUAAAGUAUAACAGUGACGUGUA